AUGUACGGUUCCGACUGCCAUGUGAUGGACGACCCCCCGGCGGCGCCAAAUGGUUCCAAGGUGGUGACCCUGCUGUUCCGCCUGUCCACGCUGGCGCUGGCGCUCACCUCGGCGGUCGUCAUGGCCACCGCCAGCGAGUGCACCAUCUACGGCGACCUCCACGACGGCGCCGGCACCGCCACUGCCGUCACCUUCAAGGAUUACCAGCCCUUCGUAUACCUUGUAGGGUCCAACAUCGCAGCGACGAUCCUGGAGGUGGCCGCGAUCUACCUACAGGUCGUCGCCGGCAACAAGCAGGGCGGCGACGCCAACGACGAGGAGGAUGCGCCGCCGCCGCCCAUGAUUAAUCCCCGGGACGUCCUGGUUGCCGCCGACGUCGCUGUGCAGGUGCUGCUCUACUCCGCCACCGGCGCGGUGUUCGCGGCGGCGAUGGCCUACGGCCCGCAGAUCAGCGCCUGCGCCGGCGCCGGCGCCGGCCACUUGUGCGAGCAGGUGCGCAGGUCCAAGAUCAUCUCCUUGGCCGCCAGCCUCUCCGCCGGCCUCGCCUCCAUCGCCAAGGACGUCCCGCUGCCCUUCUCCGUCUGGCCCCAUAUGUAG